AUGGAUUUUUUAACUCGAUUCAAGGGCAGGACAUAAACUAUGAAUAAAGAAGGGAUAAGUGGAAUUAUUAAAUCAAGUGGCAAUCCUAUCGAAAAGCUACAUGCCUUUUAGAGUUGUAGCUAAUUGCUAGCUACAACUGCAAGUCAUACAAUUUCUGAUACUGAGAAACAGUCCCCCUAUUCUAAUGAUUUUACACCAAAGAGCAAGGAUCCAAAGAUAAUAACAAAUAUCAGCUCAUUUCACCAUAGAAAGUCUUCUUUAGCAUCUCCUCCAACUCCAAACUCUAAUCUCAAUAUGUCAAAAUCAUAAAUAGAUCUUAAUAACAACUAAAUGCAGACCUUAUCAAAGACAGGAUCAACAAAUUUUAAUCUAAAUGAUUACUAAUUGAUCAUCAUCCCAAAAGAGGCGCUAUGUCAAUAUAAAAUGGAAAAUACUGAAUAUCAUUUCUAAAACAAAGAACCACUGCAAUAGAUAUAACAAAGAUAUUAUUGCUCAAAAUCUCAAUCGGUUGAUCAAUAAAAAGUCAAUCCUCUCAUAAAAUCUUAAAUACUGAGUCAGGGUUCCUAUUCAAAACAGAACGAGAGGAAAAAAAGUAUGAUACAGGCAGGUUUGAACACAAUUCAAUACUGA